UUUUUGGAUUUUGGAUAAGGAACAGGUUCCACUUGGCCUGGCUAUUACCCUGCAUUGUUAAAUAAACGAACUUGGAGCACUGCAAAGGCAUCAAAUUCAUCCAUGGCUCUUGCCAUUGCAGCAUCUCCAAGCUCAAGCUUCCCUACCAGGGUAUUUUCAAGACAAUCUCCCCCCAGAAAGGCUGCUAUAUGCCUGAAAAGAUCAGUUGGUGUCAAGGCCAAAAAAGGUCCAUCCAGUGUCUGCGUGCCGCUCCCUCCCGACAGGCCUCUAUGGUUCCCUGGCAGUUCCCCUCCUGAAUGGCUCGACGGCAGUAUUCCUGGUGAUUUUGGCUUCGAUCCACUCGGAUUAGGAUCCGAUCCCGAGCUGCUAAAGUGGUUCGCACAAGCUGAACUAAUGCACGCAAGGUGGGCGAUGCUCGCAGUUUCCGGGAUUCUCAUUCCAGAAUGGCUUGAAAGCCUCGGAUUCAUCAAGAACUUCUCGUGGUAUGAUGCCGGUGCAAGAGAGUACUUUGCAGAUCCCACCACACUAUUCGUCGUGCAGAUGAUUCUAAUGGGGUGGGUGGAGGGGAGAAGAUGGGCAGAUAUGCUGAACCCAGGGUGCGUCGACAUUGAGCCCACCUUACCAAAUAAGGCUAAGCCGACACCUGAUGUUGGAUACCCCGGGGGCCUCUGGUUCGACCCCUUCAUGUGGGGCAGAGGAUCGCCUGAGCCGGUGAUGGUGCUGAGGACUAAGGAGAUCAAGAAUGGAAGGCUUGCGAUGUUGGCCUUUGUCGGGUUUUGCUUCCAGGCUGUCUACACGGGCGAAGGCCCCAUCGAGAAUCUGAUGGCGCAUCUUGCUGAUCCCGGACACUGCAACAUUUUUUCGGCUUUCACAAGAGGCUAACAUGGCCACAUGGGGGAAAGUUUGAUCCAAAGAAUGUAGAUACAAAAGAGGACAUAAAUUUGCUUCUAGAACAACUAUGUUUCAUUAAAUGUCGAAGAGCUAAUCCAAUUUGGGAUUGAUUCUUCAAUUUAGAUCCAGUGAUGAUGGAAGAUAUCAUAGUAUCACACAAA